AUGCUCAUGCAUCUUAUCGGCAAAUGCAGGUACAUUGGCUAUGCAGAGGAUUCGAAACCAGGCGAAGUUUGGAUUCGUUUCGAGGGUUAUGGGUCAGCUGACAAUGACUGGAUACCAAAUAACAGCAAUAGGCUCGAACUUCUAGAGCUAACUAAAGCAGAGAGGGACAAAUGGACGAAAAUAUUCAAAGAUGAUAUCGAACAAGAGGCCCUGGGCGUGCGCGAGGAGGACAUAAAGUCCGAUAGUGAAUCCGAGGGUGCAGCGGAGGUCAACGGUGCGAACGAAGACACACCUGCCGAGGAAAGCGAAGCAGAACCCGAAUCAGAGCCCGAGGAAAGUGCCGAGGAAGAAAUUGUAGUCAAAG